GAGGGUUUGAACCGUUUUUUUAGGAGAUCUGUGAUCUUCUUGGCAGACCUGAAGGCUAGCUGUGUGAAGGGGGAAGGAGUGGAGGAGAGGAGGGCGGCAGGCUGACCACACUGGUCUACCUCUUCCUGAAAGCUACUCUGCUCAGAGAGACAGGAAGUAGAGACACAGAAAGAGGGGAGGGGGAAAGAAAGAGUCAGAGAGAGAGAGAAUACUUUUCCUGUCACCAAACUUUUUGAAAACUGCGGGACUAGAGUGUGAAAAAUAAAGAUAGAGAGGAACACAGUGUGAGAUAGAAAAGGGAGAUUGAGAACAGAUCCAAGGACAUGGAGGAGUUCUCAGGCUAUCAUCAUGGAUUGUUCCAGUGGAGUUGUGUGUGACUGACAGAGGGGGUUGCUUUGAAGACGGACAUUAGGAAAGAGUUUGAGUACGAACGAGAGAAUGAUGAAAACAGCUGUUCUCUCUCAGGAGACCGCAUCUACUGGGGUGAAUGCUGAGCCUCGGUCCCCACCUAGACCCCCCCUCACCCCUACCGUAUCUUCAGGAUCAACAGUACUAUUCCCCCCUCCCAGACCUGCCCUCUCCUCAGGACCACCCCUGAUGGCUCCUCCGACUCUCCCCUCCAAACCCUCCCCACCCCCUGACCCAACUCCACCUGUCUACCUGGACUCCUCCCCCCUCCUCCCUUCACCCCUUAUACCCUCCUCACCCUCCUCACCCACACCGCCCCUCUAUUCAGCUUCUGAACCACUCCCUUCUCAAAUUGACUUGGCCGUUGAUGCCACUGACGCAACUGAUGUCCCCAAUGCCGCUGUCCCUAAGGAAUGUACUCCCCCUUAUCCAGACCCCUAGUCCUUGAUGUCCCGGAUAUCUCUACUUCCACCCUUGUCACAUCACUACCCCCUCAAGUCUUAGAGACCUCAACUCCCCCACUCCCCACACCCCUGGUACCUGAUGUCCCAGAGACAUCUUCUCCUCCCCUCUCCACACCAGUACCCCCUCAAGUCUCAGAGCCCUCUACACCCCACCUUCCUGACAUCCUGGAUGUCUCUGCUCCUCCCCUCCCCUUACAUAUGUCCUCUUCAGUCCCAGAGCUCUCCUCUUCAGAACUAACCCUACCAGCACCUUCAUCUCAGCUGGUCCCAAAGCCCUCAUCUAUGCUCAUCUCUUCUCCCACUGUAACUCCCAUCUCAAAACCCUCCUCACUUCCUAUCUCUUCUCCCCACGUACCUCCUAUAGCAAAAACCCCUCUGUCCACUCCCCCCAUUCCUCCUCUCUCAAAACCCUCCUCACUUCCUAUCUCUUCUCCCCACGUACCUCCUAUAGCAAAACCCCUCUGUCCACUCCCCCAUUCCUCCUCUCUCAAAACCCUCCUCACUUCCUAUCUCUUUUCCCCACAUACCCCCUAUAGCAAAACCCCCUCUGUCCACUCCCCCAUUCAUCCUCUCUCAAAACCCUCCGUACCUCCGCCUCCCCGUGUUCCUCCUUUCUCAAAGAUCUCCUCACCCCCUCUUCCUAGACCCCCAGCACCUCGAAAACUCUCUGGUCCACCCCAGCCGAGACCCCCCAUACCUCACCCUCACUCGAAAGCCAAACCCUCCACUCCAGCUCUCUCCAGACCCCCACUUCCAUCCACGAAGUCCUCCUCUCCCCCUCUACCCUCCCCACUAGUCCUUCUAGCUCCCAAGCCCGCCCCAGCUUCAACUUCAACCCAAGCCACAGCCCCACGACCUAGCAUCAGUAUCCUGGAGAAACUGAUCAAAACUUGCCCGGUGUGGUUGCAGCUGGGUAUGGCCCAGGAGAGGACCACACUCAUGCUGAAGAAAGAAAUCCCUGGGAUAUUUUUAGUGCGUAAAAGCCACGACCAGAAAUCCAUGGUGCUGUCAGUAUGUGUAUCUGACAAGCAGGAGGAGCUUCAGGUCCAGGACAUUCUGAUUAAGGAGGAGAAGUCACUGAUGUACCUGGAAGGGUCUGUUCUGGUCUUUGACAACAUCUUCAAACUCAUGGCCUUCUACUGUGUCAGCCGGGAUAUUCUACCCUUCACCCUGAGGUUGCCUCAGGUCAUCGUCCAGGCAACCAAGUACGAAGAUAUAGAGAUGAUAUCGACAUUAGGCUCAGAUUUCUGGGGUUCUCAGCUUCACAGCUCCUCAGAAAUGGUCAAACGUGAUGACCAGGGUCAGGGCCACAGCAGUUCGCCCUGUGAGAUCCAGCUGUCCACCGGGAAUAGUAAUGACCAUCUGUGGUACAUCAACCCCAUCUUCAUCGAGGAGUACUGCAGCAGCCUGGAGGCCUCCACCCUCGUCCCAGCUCCCAUCCACAGGAGCCAGAGUCUGAACACCCCAGGCCCGGGGCAGGUGCAGGUACCCCCCAAGUUCAAACGGCCCCCACCCAGGCCCCCAAAUGUCCCAGAGGGCUUGAUUCUGUCACAGUCGGCUAAGCAGGGUGCCAGAGGAGAAAGUGUCUCACCCAGGUCUCCACCCCCACCGCGAACAGUAAUAGCCAAGGCAGCAGGUCAGAAAGCAGAAGGAGACAGCAGCAAAGACACUGAGGAGGGAGAAGGAGCUGCUUCUCAACUCAUCUCGGAGAAAGAGGUGUCAGUUACUGUUACUGACUCAGUAGCAGCUACUCAGCCUCUACAGCCACUGUCACCGCACGGAGCAACAGCAGGACAGAAACACCCAGCACCCCGACCACCCCCACACAGGAUACCACUCGUACCCCUUCGGCGGAAACCCUCAAAGAACCGUCCCUCAAUCCCGGGACAGGAGGGCGGUGUUGGUCCAGUGCCUGUUGCUUCACUGGUCUGCAUCGAUGACACCACUAACAUGGCAGAGGAGAUGUUAGGAGUGGAAUCUCAUGCCGGUGAAACAGAGACACUGCAGAACAAAGGGACAUCAGGAGCUACAAACAUUAGUGAGGUUGUUACCGUGGCUACAGCCCCACGGACGAAGAGGGCCUCACAUCCAGUCCCGCCUCCCAGGAAGAAGAAACCCUCUCAGUUCACGCCCACCACACCUCUCUCCCAAAACGUGAUAAGCGGAGGACUUCUGUCAAUCAAUUCAUCAUCGGAUACCCCCCAGAACUCCAGCACCCCCCCGCCUGCCUCGAGGCCCACCUCUAUCCCCGUGGGGGAGGCCAGGGGGACAGAUGUGUCCUUGUACUCCCCUGAUGGGGAAGCUGUCUUCCCUGCCCUGGAACAUGACUCCUACUCUACCAGCAGUACAGAGGAGGAGGCUGACACUGUGGCCAGCGGGGCUGUAGGGACCGGUGGGACCAACAACACCAAGGUGUCGAUGAAGAGGACCCCUACCAUCAUGCUGGACCGAGCCAAGCUCCACCUCUCCAGCGUGUUCACUAACUUCAUGAACACCGACCACAAGCUCCAGAAGAGAAUCCUAGAGCUGUUCAGGGACGGGAGCUCCUACUUUGGCACCCUGGUGAAGGACUACAGGGUGUAUAUCCUGGAGACCAUGGGGAAGCACAGCUCCAGCACUGAGCUGCUGCAGGAGAUCAGGCAGAUGAUGACCCAGCUGAAGAGUUACCUCAUCCAGAGCACUGAGCUACAGAAUCUACUGGAGCCCAACAUCUACACAGAAGACAAAUUGGAGGUGAUUAUUGAGGCUGCCCUGUGUAAGGCUAUGCUGAAGCCUCUGAGGGAGGCUGUGUAUUCAGGCCUGAAAGACAUCCACGCCAGGGACGGCUGUCUGAAGAGACUGAGGGAGAACCAGAGUGUUGUCCUGGGUACCACCACCACAGAACUGGGGAUCACCACCAGCGUCCCAGAGACCCCUGUCAUGGAGAAGAUCCAGCUGAAGUUGAUGACCCUCCACCAGGAAUACUCCCCUCAGAAGAAGAUUGAUCUGCUCCUUAAGACCUGCAAGAUCAUCUAUGAAUCCAUGUCCAUAGGCUGUCCAUCAGGGAGAGCCUAUGGUGCAGAUGACUUCCUCCCGGUGCUGAUGUACGUCCUGGCCAGGAGCAACAUGGCCUUCCUGCUACUGGAUGUAGAGUAUAUGAUGGAGCUGAUGGACCCUGCACUGCAGCUAGGAGAGGGCUCCUACUACCUGACGACUACGUAUGGAGUGUUGGAGCACAUAAAGAACUAUGAGAAGCAGGUGGUGACACGGCAGCUCAGUCUGGAGAUCCAGAACUCUAUCCACCGCUGGGAGAAGAGACGCACCCUGAACAAAGCCAGCAUGUCACGUUCAUGUGUUCAGGACUUCAUCAACGUGUCAUUCCUGGAGGCGGGGUGCAACACUAAGACCCUGAGGGUCCGCCCCAACACCACAGCUCAGGACCUGUGUGCCCAGUGUGCUGACAAGUUUGAGGUGGCAGAGCCAGAGUCCUACAGCCUGAGUGUGCUGGUGGAGGGCCACCACCAACUCCUGGCCCCUGAGGAGUUCCCCCUCCCCAUCAAGUCCAGUCUCCACCACAGUCAGCCCCUCAAGGAGUACUGCUUUGUCUACCGGCCUGGAAGGACAGAGUCAGAAGGACAGGAGGCAGAAUCCCAGGAGGCAGAAUCCCAGGAGGCAGAAUCCCAGGAGGCAGAAUCCCAGGAGGCAGAAGGACAGGAGGCAGAAGGACAGGAGGCAGAAGGACAGGAGGCAGAAGGACAGGAGGCAGAAGGACAGAAGGUGGAGAGCAAGGAGCCAGCUCCCGCAGCCGAGCCAGAGCCUGAGAAGGAGGAGAGUCUGAUCGAGAUAUGAUGAGAUCAGUGUGCGGGUGCGUGGGUGUGUGCGUGCGUACAUGCAUGUGUGGGACAAAGGAUCAAGGAGCUGCUCAAGUGAAUACAAUGGCUUCUGCCUCAAUCAUUAUAGCCAUUUUAAAUGAGAUAUUGGUUUUUGCCUUAUACACAACCAUAUAGACAAUGUUUAGGUCUGCCCUUGACAACGUGGAUACAUUCUGAAAGAAGAGAACCUCCAUCAUCUCCUCACCUUGAUCUUCAGGUCUAAAUAUCAAAUCACACAACAGGAGACUCAAGUUGACUUUAGCUUCCAUACAGAUGUGCUCUAUCUUAAUUUGAUCUGUGUCUCACAGCAGGACAAUAAUCAUGCAGCAACAGGAAAUGUGAAUUAUUAUGUGUAUUAUAAUUAAUGGAUAUUUUUGUAGAAAACACACUUGACACACUUUUCAUUAGGGAAAAUCAAGUCUAAAAUGUUUAGUGGAAAUUACAAACUUUAGAAGCCUUUGAAAAAAAUGGAAUACACUACAAGUUUGCAUUUCCUGCUGCGCAGGAACAACAGAGUGAUCAAAUUAAGAGAGUACAUCUGUAUGGCUUCUAUUGUAAGUCAUAUUGCUCAGUGAAGAAGACCUACCACAGUCAACUCAUGUUGGACUGGUUCAUACUUCAGACUUUGAAUAUCAUACAGGGGAUCCACACAAGAUCACUUCAGCUUUUAUAUUACUUCUAUGAGAACUAGCGCUGUGAGUCCUGCUUCCUCUUUCUGCAAAGUUGGCCAAAGCUACAGAGAUAAAGAGGAUAUCGUCCUCCUCUAGUUUGAAAGGGCAUAAUAGGCUGUAUAAUUAAACUGUAAUGGAUCCGGAUAAGGAGUCUCUGUCUGCAUCCCAAAUGGCACAUUAUUCCCUAUGUAGUGCACUACUUUUGACCAGGGCCCAUAGUCUGGUCAAAAGUAAUGCACUAUGUAGGGAAUAGGGUGUUAUUUAGGACACAGUCCAUGUAUCCUGUCCGGACGGUGUUCAUUUUCAUAUUUAACAGAUUUGCUUCUGCCACAGUUCAGAUUGACAAUCAGCUGUUCAUUGGUUUUGUUAAUCGAAUUUAGCAUGACAAUAUCCUUGCCAAUAAUUAUGUCCCUGGGUUUAUAUGCUCAAGAAAGACUCUGCGACUCUCUGUACUGUAAAUCCAUUUUUGCUGUGCUGGUUUGUAUACUCUUGUAGCUGUGCUGUGGCCACAUUCCAUUGGUGUCCUGUAAGAACCUUUGAAGUCUCAUUCUAGAGGGGUUCUGCUACAAUGCCAUUCAUUUUAAGUUCAAAUCCAAGUCUACCAGGCACUGAUGGUGUACAGCAAUAUUAUACUGUAAUUACAUUAUAUAGCAUUAUGGCUUUGAUACUUCUUUUCAGAUUGAUGAGUUGAUUGUUUUGUUUUUAAAAGGUGAAAUGUGAAAUGGUUUAUGUGGAUGUAUCAAGAGAUGAAACCCAGUAAAACAAUGUUUUUUUAAUCAUUUCAUAAAUUCCAAUAUUUCCCAUUUUAAAUAUUUGGGAGUAAAUAUAUUUCCUUUCUUUGUUAAAACCAUUGCCAGAACUUUAACAGAACUCUAAAAUCAAUUCAAUCUGCCUCAGUAGAUGGAAUAAUAUCCCAGUUGCUUUAACCAGCAGAAUAUCUAUUGUCAAAGUGAAUAUAUUGCCACAGCUGAAUUUCUAUAGUUCAAUGCUUCCCAUGUCUCCACCUUCUGGAUAUUGGGAUACAGUUCAUAGUGAGGUUAUGAAAUGUUUAGUAUAUGGCAAGUUAUGGCAAAAUUAACAAACUUGCAAAGAGGGAAAGACGUAGGAGGACCCAAGUUUAAAUUGUAUUUCCAGGCACUAGCAUUUUGCCCCAUCCUGUUUGUUUAGAAAUGAUUCUUCUGCCCCCUGGCUGAGUACAGAAAUACACACUGCCCUGGAAGACCAAUUCUUCACUAAUAUAUCCCUUAAACCAGGGAUCAUCAACUAGACAUUUUGAUCUGGCUGAGUACAGAAAUACAUACUGCCUUGGAAGACCAAUUCUUCACUAAUAUAUCCCUUAAACCAGGGAUCAUCAACUAGAACAGAUCUUUUUAUUUUUCUUGAGCGAUGGUCGGGGCCAGAACAUAAUUAAAAAUAAUUUGUACACUGCUAAUUGACCGCAAGAAGCCCAAACAUAUCUAAUAUUUGACUAAAACAUGAUCAUUUCAAACCUUACUUACAUUUGCAUUAGUGCUGAGCUAUUUAACCAAAAUUUCAAUUAUUUUACGGCUUUUGAACAACUAAUUGACCGACAUCGGUUCAAUUAUUUGAAUUUGUUUGUUUUUUUCUUCUGUGAGCUCAAUGCACAGUUUCUCUAGAGAUAAAUCAGAUCCAGCCUGAACUCUGCGAUGUAGUAGGGAGUUGUAGUUUCCAACAGGCCAGUAUUGUCACAUCUUCUCUUACUCCUCCCUUCUGGCGUACGAUGUCGCCGACCAACGGUCCUGGGAUUCAUCAUUACGCGCACCUGUUAAUCAUUAUGACUCACACUUGGACUUCAUUACCUUCAUCAUUUCCUCCCCUUUAUAUGGCACUCUCUUGUGUUCAUUCACCAGUUGGUGUUAUUCUUGUGUACCGGUGUGUAGCUACAUGGAAUUGUCUCGUUCAUGGUUUUGUUGUUUAAUUAAACGUUUCACCUGCACCUGC